AUGAAGAAAUUCAUGAAGACCGAAAAGGAGGUCAAAAACAAGGACGAGGUGUUCCGCCGGGAAUGUGAGCCGGAGGUCGAGUGCUCCUCGGCGGAAGAGGAGGAGGAGGGCGAGGAGCACUCAUCGGAGGCCGCCGAGGAGAUUCCCUGGAAUGAGAUGAAUCGAGAGAUGGGCGAGAUGAACCGCACGCUGGACGAGAUGCAGGCCCAGCUGGCCAUCGAUCCCCACGAGGAUCCCAAGUUGCAGGAGGCGGAGGGUCUGGACCCAGAGGACACCCGCUGGCUGAUCCUCAACGGGAGCAGGGAUGCGAAUGUGAGGAGCCUCCAGCUGAACAACCUUCGCCUGCGCCGCCAGCUGGACGCACUCAUCCGCUGCUCGGAGCUGGGAAAUGGCAGGAUGUUCGCCCUGGAUCGCCUAUUUAUCCGGCAGAGGAGGCAGCUGGUCACCUGUCGCCAGGAGCACGAACGGGUGCUCUCCUUCCACCUGACCAAGCAGCUGGAGGCGGGCAAGUGCCUGCAGCGGUAUCGCCAUGCCCGGGAUCUCUACGCCAGUUGGCGGGAGCUCUUCAAGAUGGGUCGCCACCUGAAGGAGGCCUACAAGAAGAUCCUGGAGCGCACCCAGACCCGGCUGGAGUACGUGGAGUUCAAGAAGCGGGCGCUGGACGAGAUCACCAUGGUGCAUGAGAUGUGCCUGGGCACCACGCGGCAUCUGCUGAGUCGCGUGAGGGAGGUGGAAUUGGGCCUCAGUCCACUGGGCAUCGCCCAUCGCACCCAGUCGAUGGUCUCGCGGCGCCAGGGAAGCCAGGCAUCCGCAGGCGCCGGUGGGCGGAACAGUGAGAUGCAUCGGCUGGAGGAGCAGCGCGGCGGAAGACCUGUCCUCGUGAUGGACACCUGCUGGCAGCGGCGAUCCUUCCGCACCGUUCGCUUCGCCCGCGGGGAGCUCCUCCAGCUGCCGGUGGUCGUGCCGCCCGUCGAGGACACCUGGUACGGCAAGAUGCAGUACAUGCUGCUCCACCCACCAAAAUCUAGAUAG